AAAAUGUCUAUAAUGAAUAAUUAAGACCGUUCUGUCUCAUAAAAAUGUACAUUUCCAAAUAUUGUUACAUUAAAUGAAACAAGGAUAUAAGAAUAUAAGAAGAUAUAAGAAUAACUGCAUUUUUUUAUUAUAUAAGUUUGGGUAUUAUAUGACAGCCCUGCUGAAAAACAAACAAACAAAAACAAAACAAAACAAUGGAGCCCUGCCCAAAACACAAUAGAAAAUAUAAUGGUUAUAAUGGGAAUUGUAUUGGUUUUAAUGGAAACUAUAAUGGUGUCUACUGGUAUUUGGUGGAUUCUAUUGGUGGGAUGUUAAAUCCUAUUGGAAAAAUGCCCAAAACACACUACAAAAAGGAAUUUUGUAAUGGUUUUACUGGAAAAAGCUAAUGGUAUUUUAAUGGAAACCACUGGAAUUUAUGUGAUGUUUCUAUUGGGCUCCUAUUGUUUGUUUUUUUUAGCAGGGAGUUAAAAUAUUUUGGGACGAAAAUGGGGAUUUCUGAAGAUUUUUACCUCAUUUCUUUAGAAUUAUGAUUCACGAUUCAAAAGUCCCUGAAUACCAGACGCUGGCGACGUCUGCUGGUCGCGCGUAUGUAAAUGCAAUCAGAGGACCAACUGCAAGAACACCGGUACUCAAUAUUUGGUUGAAUAGCUAUAUAUAAUUUUUCCAUUUAAGUUUUUGUUUUUGAAGUAUUUUUCGGGAGUGUAAAUGGAGCAGAGUUUUCGUGGCUGUGCGGUACGUGAUUUUGCUUUUAUGGCAAAGAAGCCAGGAUGCAGGAGUCUGCGAAUAAACACCGAGGCAUGCUGGGGCCGCUGCCACACCUGGGAGAGGCCAGUUCCGGAGCCGCCGUAUAUCCAGAGGCACCACCGUGUCUGUACCUACAGCCGAACACGGCACCUGACAGCACGUUUACCAGGUUGUCGCCCUGGCGUCUCCCCAAUCUAUCAUUACCCUCAGGCCUUACAGUGUGACUGCAUCUACUGCUCCUCAAACCACACAGAGUGUGAAACCUUUUAAAGGCACACACACACACAGCUCAUUCAUACACAUUCUCUUCUUUGCUUCUUAUGUAAAAAAUAAUAAUAAUAUUGUUAUGCAUUAGAUGUCACAAAAACAUGAUUUAACAAUAAAACAUACA